AUGGUGCACGCCGACGAAACCACACACAUCCUCCUCGUCCCGUACCCGGCCCAGGGCCACCUCAACCCGAUCCUCCAGUUCGGCAAGCGGCUCGCCGGCCACGGCGGCGUCCGGUGCACCGUCGCGGCGACCAAGUUCGUCGUCGGCUCCACGAAGCCGUCCCCGGGCUCGGUGCACGUCGCCGUUUUCUCCGACGGCUGCGACGCCGGCGGGCCCGCUGAGCUGGGCGGGCACAAGGGCCCCUACUUCGAGCAGCUGGAGUCGGCCGGGUCCGAGGCGCUGGACGAGCUCCUCCGGACCGAGGCGGCGAGUGGCCGCCCAGUGCGCGUGGUGGUGUACGACACGUUCAUGCCGUGGGUGGCGCCCCUGGCGCGGCGGUACGGGGCGGCGUGCGCGGCGGUGCUCACCCAGACGUGCACCGUGGACGUCGUGUACACGCACGCACGGGCCGGGCGCGUGCCGGUGCCGGUGCGCAAGGGGGACUCCCCACUCGAGCUCCCUGGACUGUCGUGCCGGCUCGGCGCCGCCGACGUGCCGACGUUCCUGACCGACUCCGACGCGCACCACCCGUCCCUACGCGACAUGCUAAUGAACCAGUUCGCCGGGCUCGGCGCCGUGGAUCACGUGUUCGUCAACUCCUUCUUCGACCUGGAGCCUCAGGAAGCCGAGUACCUGGCGUCGACGCUGGGGGCCAGGACGAUCGGGCCGACGGUGCCGUCGGCGUACCUGGACGACCGCCUGCCCGACGACGCGUCCUACGGCUUCCACCUGCACACCCCGAUGACGGCCGUGACCAAGGCGUGGCUGGACGCGCGCCCGCCGCGCUCCGUCGUGUACGCCUCCUUCGGCAGCAUCGUGGCGCCGGGGCCGGACCAGAUGGCCGAGGUGGCCGAGGGCCUCCGCAACGCCGGCAGCCAAUUCCUGUGGGUGGUGCGCGCCACGGAGACGGCCAAGCUGCCCGAGGGCUUCGCGGCGAGGGCGGCGGCGCGGGGGGACCUGAUCGUGCCGUGGUGCCCGCAGCUGGAGGUGCUGGCGCACGGCGCCGUGGGGUGCUUCGUGACGCACUGCGGGUGGAACUCCACCGUGGAGGCGCUGAGCGCCGGCGUGCCGAUGGUGGCGGUGCCGCAGUGGUCGGACCAGCCGACCAACGCCAAGUACAUCGAGGACGUGUGGCGCGUUGGCGUGCGCGCGCGGCCGGACGCCGGCGGGCUGGUGAGGAAGGGGGAGGUGGAGAGAUGCAUCAAGGAGGUGAUGGGCGGCAAGGAGUACAAGAGGAGGGCGUCGGAGUGGCGGGAGAAGGCCAAGGCCGCCGUGAGCGAGGGCGGCACCUCCGACCGCAACAUCGCCGAUUUCCUCUCGAAAUAUCGCGUGGCAAAAUGA